AGCCGUCAACACUAUCAGUGAAUUUAAGAGUGUUAAAAACGCACAUAGAAUGGUGUAAACACGCUUCAAAAAGCUCAUUUCAUUCGAUUAUUUAGAAUUAUUGUAUAAUUGUUUGUUGGAGUUAAUAUUGUCUCGGUCGACUUUCGAAAUAAUUUUAUUCAUUUGGAAUCUAUUGAAUAUUUCAAAUUAAUAUUGAACAAAUAUUAAAUUUUUUGCACAAAAGUGAAUGAAUUGAAAUGGAUAGACCGGAGUGUAUCAUUGAUGGUUGCUUAACCAAGACGAGAAGGAUUAAAGUGAAAGAUGUUAUUUAUUAUUUAUAUCCGACCGAUGAAGAGUGGGCACAAAAAUGGGAAAACGUAAUUAAAAAAAAUGAUCCAACGUAUCAACGCAAAAAACAAGAUAUCGUUUGUUCUUUACAUUUUGCAAAGUCAUCGAUGCAACCAGUGACACGCCAACUAGUUGACCAUUCCCUGCCAGUUUUUUUCCCACGAAAAUGUACAAAUCCGCAAAUUACAAGCAAGCCAGAGGCAAAGCCAACGAAUACAAAUGCAAACACCGUAUCGCACAUCGAAAAGACUGUAAAUGCAUCAUUAUCAAAAUGCUGCGUUGAUGGCUGCAAAACCGAAUUCCCAAAUGAUAAUCCGAAAAUUAAAGGCUUUGAAUUUCCCAAAGAUGAAGAGAAACAAAAAAUGUGGAUGUUUAUGAUUAAUUUGUAUAACAACGCAAGCAUGGAAUGGAAUGAAUCGAUGAGAGUGUGUGCGCUUCAUUUCAACAGUAAAUCCAUCGAAGGCGACGUAUUAAAAGACGACUGCAAACCAUCAAUUUUCAAAACAGGAACUGAGAAACGUUACAUGGAAAUUAUACAAGAGCAGUCAUCAAAUAAAAAAGUGUCACCGAUGAAAAUACAAAGUAUAAAUGUUCCAUUACACAAGCAACAAAUUGAAAACCAUUCAAUGACACGUCGAUGUGCUCCAGCAACAAUUGCUACUCGUCGCCUAACAUUGGCACAAGGUCAAAUACCGCAACUUCCGCAACUGAUCCCAAAGCCAACGUUGAUAAAACGAACGAAUGAACAUCAAUUAGACGAACAAAAUAUUGCGAGAAAAGUGACGCGAUUAAGCACACCAAAUGAUAAGUCUGCUUCGCAAAAGAUAAUAACUACAAUGUCUGUGUCAAAUUCACGACCACUUCCAGCUUUGAAUAAAGUAUAUACAGCGGUUACCACCGCAAAUUCUCAAUACCGGAGUGCUCCCAAUUUGAAUAAGUCAGUGCCAACGCUGAUGACGAAAAAAGUUCAAAUUACAAAGCCCACUACGAUUAAUAAUGGAACCGCAAAAUUAAUACCGAUAUUAAAACAAGGUACAGCUCACAUAACACGAUUGCCGCCACAACUGAAACCGGCACCACGAUCACAGACUGUCAAAACAUAUGUUUCUGUUCCGGGUUCUGCUCCGAGAGCGGUUUAUUUAGAUAAGACUAUACCAACGAUAACUAAGGUGCAUAGUGCCCAUAAGUCGAUAGCAAAUGUGAAAGAAAGCAAUACAAUAGUUGCGACAAAGUCAAAACCACAGGAAAAAACGGUAUCCGUUGAUACGCCCAGUCAAAAUGUUGAAGCCGAUCAAGAUAUCAUUGUAAUAGAGGAUGAAGAUGCAGAAAUUGCCAGAGCACUCAAGUCAUCAGAUAUUGAAACUAGCUCUGCGGCACCAACGACAAGUAGUAAAGUAUCCGAUACAAAUGGAGUACAAAUGCAACAAUACGUGAUAGAUGAGUCUAGAUUCGACUACCCAAGGAGGCUAUUAGAGCGAAUUAAAGAGAAAAAGCGACAAAACAAAGAACUUGCCAUUAGUAUGAACAAAUGGAAGAAAAUUGCAAUGAAAAUGAACCAAGAAUAUCGAUUGCAAACGGCAACCGUGAUCAAUGAAACGAUUGAUAUUUCUUAAGCAUUUGAAAUUAGGUAAAUCGUUCCGAUUUUAUAAAAGAGUGAAUAAAAUGAAUUUACAAAGUCUCUAUAAAAAAACAA